CAAGUGGGCCUCCGAGUGACGUGCCGAGAGCAGGCCACUUGUCAUUGGCUGUCACCCGCUCGCUGCAGCGACCCGAUCAAAAGCUCCUUCCGCGGCAGUCUGCAAGUCCUGCCUCUGGUGCUUCUGUCGAGAGCUGCAAGAGUCGAAAGCGGCUGCUGUCUUCUUGUCGACCGCGGUCUUGUCCCGACGAGCCCGUGCGCCUCUCCAAUGAUUGCAUUCUUGCGGUAG